AUGGAUUUAUGUUCUGAAUGUCUGAAAGACUUUUCUCGAAAAUCACAUUUAGUAAGUCACUUGAGAAUUCAUACUGGAGAGAAGCCAUCUCAGUGUUCAGAAUGUCUGAAAGACUUUUCUGGUAAAUCAGAAUUAGUAAAACACAUGAGAACUCAUACUAGGGAGAAGCCAUAUCAAUGUUCGGAAUGUCUGGAAGAUUUUUCUGGAAAAUCUGAUUUAGUUAAACAUAUGAGAAUACAUACUGCACAGAAGCUGUAUCACUGUUCAAAAUGUCUGGAAGACUUUUCUGGAAAAUUUGAUUUAGUAAAACACAUGAGAACUCAUACUGCACAGAAGGCAUAUCACUGUUCAGAAUGUCUGAAAGUCUUUACUGAAAAGUUUAAUUUGGUCAUUCACAUGAGAACUCAUACUGGAGAGAAGCCAUAAUCAGUGUUCAAAAUGUCUGAAAGACUUUUCUCAAAAAGCAGAUUUAGUCAGUCACUUGAGAACUCAUACUGGAGAGAAGCCAUAUCGCUGUUCAGA